GGGCUCUAGAGGAGGCGGGGCGGGAGUAGGGGCGGGGCCUCGAGGACCUGUUGAUCGCAGGUGUCACUGCCCUGACUGGCCCGCGGGCGCUGGGGUGAGUGCGCAUGCUCCGUGCGCUGGGUCGCGCUCUGGACCUGCGGAGACCGACAGCCUGGGCUCCAGUUCGCUGGGGCGAGUCGUUGGCAGGAGGCGGCUGCUCCGCGCGUCGUCCGCCCCGGGUGUUGGCGGGCGCGAGGCGGGGCUGGCCCGGCGGGAGAGAGGGCAAGGCCCGUGGUUCUCUACCUGGAUCGGCGCGGAGUUUCGAGGUCUUAUGGCAGUUGGAUAUAUUUCGACGAAGCUUGCGGGUUCUGACUGGACAUGUUUGUCAGGGAGAUGCCUGUAUAUUUUGUGCACUGAAGACAAUCUUCGCACAGUUUCAACACAGCCGGGAAAAAGCACUUCCCUCGGAUAACAUCAGGCACGCCCUUGCCGAGAGCUUCAAAGAUGAGCAGCGCUUUCAGCUAGGCCUCAUGGAUGACGCGGCAGAGUGCUUCGAGAAUAUACUGGAGAGGAUUCAUUUUCACAUAGUGCCCAGCAGAGAUGCUGACAUGUGCACCUCUAAAUCUUGUCUCACUCACCAGAAGUUUGCCAUGACUCUUUAUGAGCAGUGUGUGUGUCGUAGCUGUGGCGCAUCAUCAGACCCUCUCCCUUUUACAGAGUUUGUGCGGUACAUUUCUACAACAGCGCUGUGCAAUGAAGUUGAGAGGAUGAUGGAAAAGCAUGAACGUGUUAAACCGGAAAUGUUCGCAGAGUUGCUUCAGGCUGCAAAUACGACUGAUGAUUACAGGAAGUGUCCAAGCAGCUGUGGCCAAAACAUAAAAAUCCGCCGUGUUUUAAUGAACUGUCCGGAGAUUGUUACAAUUGGUUUAGUCUGGGAUUCAGAACACUCUGACUUGACCGAAGACGUUGUGCGGAAUCUAGCGACUCAUCUUUAUCUUCCUGGGCUUUUUUAUAGGGUUACUGAUGAGAAUGCCAGAAAUAGUGAACUUCACCUUGUUGGUUUGAUCUGCUACACCAGCCAACACUAUUGUGCCUUUGCUUUUCACACCAAGAGUUCCAAAUGGGUGUUUUUUGAUGAUGCAAAUGUGAAAGAGCUUGGAGGUAGGUGGAAAGACGUGGUCUCCAAGUGCAUCCGAUGCCACUUCCAGCCCCUGCUGCUGUUCUAUGCGAACCCGGAGGGCACAGCAGUUUCUACUGAAGACGCGCUCCGCCAGGUGGUCCACUGGUCACAUUACAAAUCCGCCGCAGAGAAUACGGGUGGCAGAAAGACUUCAAUUUGUAAGUCAGAUAAUUCAAAAGAAAAUGGAUUUGGUGAUCAGGCAAAGCAGAAAGAAAGUCAGAAGUUCCCAAUGGAUAACACUUCAUCAUUUAAUCAGAGCCACAUUCCUACGGGGGCCAGUAGAGGAUCAGUUAAAUUCAGUCACAAUGAUCAAAGAGAAAAAUUGAAAGACAUUUCCAGGGAAUGUGCUCUAAAGGCCAUUGAACAAAAACACUUACUUUCCUCACAAAGGAGGGAUUUGGAGAGGGUCCAAAGAAAAGACAUGGGCCGGCAUAGAGAUUUGGUGGAGGAAGAUCUUUCACAUUUCAAGUCUGGGUCACCUCCGGUCCCAAAUGGCUUUAGACAGUAUGGAAAUCCACAUCUGUAUCACAGCGAAGGAAAAGGACCGUGCAAACAUGACCGAGUUGCCCCUGAGAGUCGAGCUUCUGCACAAAUAUUAAGUUCAAGUAAAGCCCCGGCUGUUGCGCCGGGAGAAAAAAUAAUUGGCAAGUUCAAGAGUGACGGUGGCACUGGAUAUGACACAGACAGCAGCCAAGACUCCAGGGAGAAAGGAGGCAGCUAUGCCGGCAGCAGUAAAAGCCGGAACCGAAGUUGGAAACCUAUGAGAGAAACAUUAAAUGUCGAUAGCAUUUUUAAUGAAAGUGAAAAACGACAGCAGCACAGUCCAAGACAUAAGUCAAAUAUCAGUAACAAACCGAAGUACAAUAAAGAUCAGACUUCUAGCAGUUGUCCAAAAGAGAACCCCAAGCAGAAAUGCUUAAUGACCAUAUAUGAAGACGAUCUUAAGCAGGAAAUAGGAAGCAGGAGCUCUCUCGACUCUGGUGGAAAAGGAGUGGAGAAAAAUAAAGGCCUCAAAGAAAACAAGGCUCAUGCUGAGAAUUGGCAGAUGCAAAGGACUGAGUCUGGAUAUGAAAGCAGUGAUCAUAUCAGUAAUGGGUCUACGAAUCUGGACUCACCUGUUAUCGAUGGAAAUGGUAUAAUGGAUAUCCCUGGUGUUAAAGAAAAGGACUCCUCCAGUGACCAGAUGAAGACAGGCAACCUAAAUGUAGAACGUGUGAGCUGUGCUUCUCAGCAGAGCAGCAGCCUCUUAGAAGGGACUAGAAAACAACUCAAGAAUGUGGAGGUAGCCUAUCAACCCCAUGCGUCACAGCCAGAGUCACAUCUACAAAUUCAAACUUCUUGGAUCAAAAGGUCACCUACACGUGAAACCAGUGGAAGAACACUCCCUCCUUCCAGUCCACAAAUAAACAAAGACCAGCCAGCAGGAGAGCACCUCCACCUGUCAGGUGAACAGAAGCUUGAAAACCCAGGUGAAUCAAAAUUGUCAGAAAGGCCCACAACAGAACAUUCUGAGAGAACAGACUCGCUUUCCCACAGUGAACAUGCUGCUCCUGCUUCUGGAAAGAGAGUGAACAGUAAUGAGACAGUCUCACCAUCUCCACUGUGGGCUUCACACACAAGAGGCCCUGGGUUAAAACUGGAAAUCUCUCCCCUCACCCAGCAGCCAAACAUGAUGGAACCACGCUACUCAGAGAACUCUCUAUCCAGGGAACAUACACGUCAGACAACUUGCAGACCUGACGGUUGUCAGAUACCACAAGUCAUUUGCCAGAACCCACCGCCUCCUUUACCGCCAAAGAAAUGCGCUAUAACCAGUGUGCUGCAGGCAGAAAAGAGUGAUUCGACCCUCGGUGUCAGACAGAAAGCGAAUGCUGCGUCUAGCCUUCCAAAGCUAAGUCUCAGCACAGCUUCAGAACCAGGGUCAGAAGUGAGUACCCAUGUGAAUCAUGGCCGGAAGGGAACAUUUCAAGCCAAGGAGCGUGUUGGCAGCAUACCACCCAGGUCUUCAGCUAGUGACUCUCGUGCAGACUUGGGGACAGUUCUUGAUGCUUUUCCAGAUACGGACACUAGUUCCCCCUGCCCAAAUGAGACAGUUUCCUUAACUACCUAUUUUUCAGUUGAUAGCUGCAUGACAGAUACCUACAGGUUGAAAUACCAUCAGAGGCCCAGGCUCUGUUUUACAGAGAACAGUAACUUUGGUAAUGAUAAUUCCCUAAGAACGAAAGAGGGUUAGGGCCUGUGUGUGAGAUAGUGGCCUCAGUUCAGACUGCUCCCUCUGAGCAAAGAUAACAAACCUAGCAUACGCUGUUCACAGAUAGAUGAUGAAAACAACUUCCUCGCUUCUCAAACAUCAUUACAACAUAGGAUCUGACUGACCAGACCCAGUGAUGUAUGGAACUUAAAAAAAAAAACAAAAUGAUGGUAUUUUUAUCUUCAAUAGUUCCCACUUUGACUUUAUGUGUGCAUUAUUGCAUGAUGAUCAACUUAAUGGAUUAUUUUGGAGAUUCCCUUUGAAUAGCUUUGGCUUGCUUCAAAAAAAAAAAGUGGGAAAUUGGGAUAUAGAGAGUUUUCUAUUACAUAUGCUGCAAGUGAAUAAAAGAAAUUUGUCACUUUAUUUUGUGGCUAAUAGGCCUUUUAGUAUUAAAACCGCAGUCCUCGCAAAUGUAGAGCGGUAGACAAGUAACCAAAAAGUAAGCGAGUGACAGAGUUUGGUUAGUCAAAGAAGCAUAGAUUUGCUUUAUGUCUUAAACAAUGCUGACCUAUGAAUUUGAGAGCAUUUAGGAAGGGAAAAAAAAUGCCUUAAUGAUAAUAUUCAAUUUCUCUAGAUCAGAAGAAACUUAAUUUCGCUCCUGGAAUUUAGUAUCUCCAGAAUGCCUAGUUCACUUAUUAGUACACAUGACUUCAGUCACGGAAGCUAAAAGUUAAGACUUUAUUUAUUUAUCUUGUUACAUUUUUUUUCUAAUUUUUAUAUAAAAUGUGAAAUGUUUAUUUUGGUUUACUUUGGGCUGCUAAUAACCAGUGUUAGUAACUAAUGAAUGGAGGGGCCCUCUACCAGGAAUGUCACUGUGACUGUCUGCAUUUCCCUGCUAUCUUCUUAGCAGCCUGUUGGUAUCAACCCGUAUCAUUGACAUUUUCUUGAAUCUGACAAUCAUUUUCUUGGACUUCCAUGUUAAAUUUCUGCUUUCCAUAGAGGGUUCCAUUCUAAUGAAAUGUAUUUUGGGACGAUUUUUCUCUUUUCUACAGAACUCAAUUUUACCCUGUCAUAGAGACACUUAUUUAAACAGGAAUUUUUCAGGCUAAUGAUAAAUUUACAAAAUAAACUGUCUUUAACUGCCUUA